ACAAGAGAGAGAGAGAGAUAGAGAUAAACAAUGAAACUUUUUCUUCUCCUUCUGUUUCUUCUCCACAUUUCUCAUACCUUCACCACAAGCCGACCAAUCUCCGAGUUCCGUGCUCUUCUCUCACUCAAAACCUCUCUCACCGGCGCCGGAGAUGAUGACAAAAACUCGCCUCUCUCCUCCUGGAAAGUCUCAACAAGCUUCUGUACAUGGACUGGUGUCACGUGCGAUGUCUCUCGCCGGCACGUGACUUCUCUUGAUCUCUCUGGUCUUAACCUCUCCGGUACUCUUUCUCCAGAUGUUUCUCAUUUACGUCUUCUUCAGAAUCUAUCCCUCGCUGAUAAUCAGAUCUCCGGUCCGAUUCCGCCGGAAAUCUCGAGCCUUUCCGGUCUUCGUCACUUAAAUCUCUCCAAUAAUGUCUUCAACGGUUCGUUUCCCGAUGAGAUUUCAUCUGGAUUAGUGAAUCUCCGAGUUCUUGAUGUCUACAACAACAAUCUAACCGGAGAUUUACCGGUUUCCGUCACCAAUCUGACUCAGCUCCGGCAUCUUCAUCUCGGUGGAAACUACUUCGCUGGAAAGAUCCCGCCUUCGUACGGUAGCUGGCCAGUUAUUGAGUAUUUAGCUGUUUCCGGCAACGAGCUCAUCGGGAAAAUCCCUCCAGAGAUCGGAAACCUAACGACUCUCCGGGAGCUUUAUAUCGGCUACUACAACGCUUUCGAAGACGGUCUUCCUCCAGAGAUCGGAAAUUUAUCGGAGCUAGUCCGAUUCGACGGCGCUAAUUGCGGAUUAACCGGUGAGAUUCCGCCGGAGAUCGGGAAGCUUCAGAAACUUGAUACUCUUUUCUUGCAAGUGAAUGUGUUCUCCGGUCCGUUAACUUGGGAGCUAGGAACGCUUUCGAGUUUGAAAUCAAUGGAUUUGUCUAACAACAUGUUCACCGGAGAGAUUCCAGCGAGUUUCGCAGAGUUGAAGAAUCUCACGCUUUUGAAUCUCUUCAGAAACAAACUUCACGGUGAGAUACCGGAGUUCAUCGGAGACUUGCCGGAGCUUGAAGUGUUACAGCUUUGGGAGAACAAUUUCACCGGAAGCAUCCCGCAGAAAUUGGGGGAGAACGGUAAACUCAAUCUCGUUGAUCUCUCUUCCAAUAAACUCACCGGAACCUUACCGCCGAACAUGUGCUCCGGUAACAAGUUAGAAACUUUAAUCACUCUUGGAAACUUCCUCUUUGGUUCAAUCCCUGAUUCUCUUGGUAAAUGUGAGUCUUUGACCCGGAUCCGAAUGGGUGAGAAUUUCCUAAACGGGUCAAUCCCUAAAGGACUAUUCGGAUUACCCAAAUUAACUCAAGUGGAGCUCCAAGAUAAUUAUCUCUCCGGAGAGUUACCGGUUGCCGGAGGUGUCUCCGUCAAUCUAGGUCAGAUCAGUUUAUCAAACAAUCAGCUCUCAGGUCCAUUACCUCCGGCGAUCGGUAACUUCACCGGCGUUCAGAAACUUCUCCUUGAUGGAAACAAGUUCGAAGGUCCUAUUCCUUCGGAGGUAGGGAAGCUUCAGCAGCUCUCGAAGAUUGAUUUCAGCCACAACUUGUUCUCUGGUCGUAUCGCGCCGGAGAUCAGCCGUUGCAAGCUCUUAACUUUUGUUGAUCUGAGCAGAAACGAGCUCUCCGGUGAAAUCCCAAACGAGAUCACUGGUAUGAAGAUAUUGAAUUACUUGAAUCUGUCUAGAAACAAUCUGGUUGGAUCAAUCCCUGGUUCGAUCUCGUCAAUGCAGAGCUUAACAUCACUUGAUUUCUCGUACAACAAUCUCUCCGGUUUGGUUCCGGGCACUGGACAAUUCAGUUACUUCAACUACACAUCGUUCUUGGGUAAUCCUGAUCUCUGUGGUCCUUAUCUUGGUCCUUGUAAAGAUGGUGUUGCUAAAGGAGCUCACCAGAGUCAUAGUAAAGGACCUUUAUCAGCUUCUAUGAAGUUAUUGCUUGUCCUUGGACUACUCGUUUGUUCGAUUGCAUUCGCGGUAGUAGCUAUAAUCAAAGCUAGAUCAUUGAAAAAGGCGAGCGAGUCACGGGCUUGGAGGUUAACAGCAUUCCAGAGACUAGACUUCACAUGUGACGAUGUCUUGGAUUCUCUCAAAGAAGACAACAUUAUAGGCAAAGGAGGAGCUGGUAUUGUCUAUAAAGGCGUAAUGCCUAAUGGUGAUCUAGUCGCGGUCAAAAGACUCGCUGCAAUGUCCCGUGGAUCUUCCCAUGAUCAUGGAUUCAACGCAGAGAUUCAAACCUUAGGAAGGAUACGACACAGACACAUAGUGAGGCUUCUCGGUUUUUGCUCUAACCACGAAACAAAUCUACUUGUCUAUGAGUACAUGCCUAAUGGUAGUCUCGGUGAGGUGCUUCACGAUUCCGGUACUUCUGAAUGUAUGUCUGCAAUCGCUGGCUCUUACGGCUACAUAGCUCCAGAAUAUGCGUAUACGUUGAAGGUAGAUGAGAAGAGCGAUGUGUAUAGUUUCGGUGUGGUUCUUUUGGAACUCGUCACCGGAAGAAAACCCGUCGGAGAAUUUGGUGACGGUGUCGACAUUGUGCAAUGGGUUCGUAAAAUGACUGAUUCGAACAAGGAUUCGGUUCUGAAAGUAUUGGAUCCGAGACUUUCAUCGAUUCCGAUUCAUGAAGUGACGCACGUCUUCUAUGUAGCGAUGCUCUGUGUCGAAGAACAAGCUGUUGAGAGGCCGACUAUGAGAGAAGUUGUUCAGAUUCUCACUGAGAUCCCUAAGUUGCCACCGUCGAAGGAUCAGACGACGACGGAAUCAACGCCGGAUAAUGAGCUUUCGCCGAAGUCCGGUGCUCAAGGUCCGCCGGAUCUACUCAAUCUAUGAGAGUUUUCCGAUUUCCGGCGGUUAAUUUAGGGUACCGGUAUAAGGGGUAAAUUUGUCAUUUUCAUAAAUGUUUUUAGCGUUAAGAGUUAUUUGGUUGUUAAUUACUUAUUUUAUAUCCCAAUUAGUCUGCUUUGUGCUUUGGUCCGGUUUAGUAUUGUUUAACUCUUUUUAAGUGUGUUUCAUUUUCCUCGGCUCUUUUUUUUAAUCGGUUAUUCGGCUUUAUUUAGUUUGUAAUUUGUAUUAAUGAAAAUGUACAGUUGGG